UUUCUUUCCCAAAUGCGGCUAAAACCCUUUUCCCCCACCAAAAUCAGACGAUGGCCCUCUUGAAGCUGGCACCAAUAUACCGGCCCCACUCACCCCUACCUCAUACCAACUUCAAACCACUUCUGCAGCCCAAAACCCACGUCUUGAUCCCUGUAAUACUAGCAAAAUUACCUGCAAAAACCCACAAAGAAGAAGACCCAUAUCGCUUUUACGCUUCUAACGUUCUUCUACAUCAGGCUUUUGAUAAGCCGAUAUUGUUUAAGCGUAGUUGGAAUGUUCAGAUUCUUACCGGUGUAAAUGAGCCUGAAGAGAAACUUGUUGGCAGGUUCCGCAGGGAAGUGUUGAAGGCGGGUGUUCUUCAGGAAUGCAAGCGCAGAAGGUUUUUUGAAAGUACGCAGCAGAAAAAGAAGAGAAAGACCCGUGAAGCUGCAAAACGUAAAAUGAAAAGGCCGCGACAAUCUAAAGCAUCAGUAAGGGUUAAGAAGGAAGAUCUGAAGAAGAAAGAUGACUCUGAGGAUGAUAACUGGGAGAUUUUUGAUGUAGAUUUACCAUAUUGUUGACAGCUGGUACAUCGUACCAAUGCUAACUCUUUAGUGACAGAGGUUUAUAAGGGAACUGGGAAAGGUCUCUAAAUGACUAUAUGUUAAUUCGGAACAUAUAUACUUUUACUGAUCUGCACACUGUGGUAAAGCAAAGUGCUCACCUGUUGAUUAUCAGAGAUGGAAGGAAGCAUCUGAUGCUAAACUCCACGAGUUCUGUAACUUGGGCAUUUUGUUGAUAACGCGCUUGUGCUGCUAUGUAUAUUUUGGUACUUAAUGUUGAAAAAAAGUUGCAUUGCUUCCCUAUGUCAGUGAGUUGAACUAAUAUUAGUGUUUUCAUAAGGUUAUCCAGACGAAGAUGGAAACUUUAGAGGUGUUGGGUUAUGUAUUCAUUCCAAAGUACAGAGAUAAUAUCAUGGACUUGCAAUUUGUAUUUCUUUGUA